AAUUCAUGGCAUAGUAUGAAGCAGACAUCGCUUCUUUCUGAGAACUCCCACACUGAAAUAAAACAGAGAAGUUUGCCACCAUCAGAGGUUCAGGACUACUCCCUGAAUACCUUCCAGGAGCUUCCCUUUAUUAAAUCUAGUGCACAACAGAUGCUGGAAGCCCAUAUUAAAAAGUUUCAUAUGAGGAUGACGUGGGGCCUUCCCCCCAGGGUCCUUGAAUCCAUAGAGCUCUUUAAACUGAUAAAGGACACAUCCCAUUCUAGCUUUUCCUCCUCAACCAACCUGAUUUCUGAGGUAAAUUCCAAACCGGGGGGCUUCAACUCCCUUAGAGGCAGCUCUAAAUCUCUCCAUGGAGACAAAGUGGGAACAGCAAAUUCAGCCCCCAUCCUGGAUCAUCCUCUCCCUGCCGCCUCAACUGUGGGCAAGGAAGAACAGAGAAUUCCGAGGCAAUCACCCUCUGCUUUCAACCAUGAGUUUGUAGAGGAUGUUCAGAAGAUUAAGGAUGGCACACAGACUCUUACACCCAACAAACAUGACACCAGAGGCAACAGAUGGCCCCCAAAGCUGCCUGCAAGGCAAGCUGGGGCCAGACAUGAGCCAAAGGAUAAGAGUGCAAAUUCUAGAGGUAGAGGAGGAAUGCAACAGGGCAAAGAGAAGAAUCUAGAACCUGUCAUUGUGCCCACAGUGUCCAGGGAGAUAUUCAGGGCCAAGCAACUUGAUGCUCAUCAAUCACAAUCUAAUACCUUGACAACCAGCACGCCAGUAAGCUCCCAAAUCAUAAAGGUGAAUGAUAAUAAAGUCAAAACUACCAUCCCCAUUAAAAGCCCCCCACCAAACCUAUCAAUUCCCCAAGAUCCUAAAUCCUCAAGCCUUAAAGAACAACUGUUGUGUGAGUUAAAGAUUAAACUGGAAAAAAGAGAGCGUAGCCGGGCCCAAGCCCAACGCACUGGCCUGCCCCCUGCCUCAGAGAGUUUGACUUACAAGGCCUCACUGACUCAUGCCCAGGGUGUCUCCAGUGGGGACAUGGGAGCUUCUCAGGUGCUGCAUGUCCAUCCAGAGGACACAGGAAUUAGUAUGGAACAACAGCAGAAGCCUUGGGUCCCUAGGCAUGUCUUAAGGAAGUGCCAGAAUAAGAAUCUCCCACCAGCUGCGGUGACCAUGAGCCCUCCGGGCUCCAAGGCACAAGAGCUUGGUGGAGGGGAUGCAGGACUGGGGACAUCCCAACUUAAAAGGAACAGUUUCCCUACUGAGGAUGUGGCAUUGAAGAAGAGGUUCCCUACUCAGGACGUGCUACUGAAGGAAAAGCUGGGAAGCAAGCCUUCCCAGACCCUAUCACAGAAGGGUCAGCCGCCUCCUGAAAGCCUUUCCCAGAAGGGUCAGCCUCCUUCUGAAAGCCCUUUCAGAAAAAAAAUGAAGCAUUUUUUGCAAUGGCUUAAUCCAGGGAUAAAAUGCAAGAGGCAAGAAAACUCCCAGGAGAAGCGCAGCCCUCUAUCAUCUGUGGAAAGCAGAGGCCUACUUAAAGGUAGAACUGCCUUUACUGGGACAACCAAAGCUCAGAAAUCCAUGACAGACGUUGGGGAGUUCCUAAAAGAGAAAGUGGGGCGUUGGCAUGCAAUAGAUAGCACCUGCCCUCAACAGCCCAUUCCCUCCCCAACCAAGUAUGGGAAAACUCAGCAGGAAGCACAAGUGCAGGCCCAGGCACAGCCUGUCCAGGGGUAUCCUUUCAACUACAGGGCUCCCUCCUGUAAGGUGACAAAUACCAAGUCCUGCCACCAACAAGCUGUCUUUGCUGGCCAAGGCCAUCCUGGAAGUAUUAGACAGAUCAGAGACAAGGACAGACAGCCACAGAAAGCUGUGGCAUUUAAGGACCAGCGACUGCAUAACAAGUAUCCCCUAUCCACGCCCCACAGGGAGCCUGCACCCCACCCACAUGCCACCUGCAGGCAUCAAGCUGGCCGGGGGCCUCCGGCCACUCACCACUGCCCAAGGCACUGUGUUCAGAGAUCUGACUCUACUAUUUAGACCGAAAACCCUUCUCCAGAAUUUCCAGGGGGGGAUAUU